UCAGUCUAUUUAUUAUUUUAAUAUAUAACAAAAUAUUUUAUGAAUAGUACACGUUGUUAUUUUAUUUAAUAAUAAUAGUACAAAACCACUUUUUUAGAAUGAUGUCUCGAGUUACUUGGGCUGAUAUGAUUGAUUACGACCAGUCAGGAUGUGCCGACGAAAUGCUAAAGAAACAAGUUGAAGCUACUCCUGAUGCCACAGCUGUCGUUAACGUCGAUGGUUCAAUAACUACUUUUAAAGAAUUAGACGAAAUGACUGAUGUUUUAGCAGCAAAACUAAAGAAUUCUGGCGUUUGCCUCAAUACAAUCGUUGGUAUAAUGAUGGAACGGUGUUUAGAAUACACCGUCAGCUACAUUGCAAUUCAUAAAGCCGGAGGCGCAUUUGUGCCGUUGGAAAUUUUGUAUCCCGACCUACUGCUAAACUCUGUACUUGAAGAUUCAAAACCCAGACUGAUUGUUACAAAAAAAAAGUUUGAACAGCGAUUCCAAAGACAAGACUUGAUUUUUUUAGACAGAGGCUGGUUUGAGGAUUUCAAAAACACUGUAGACCUGUCACAACCAAAUGAAUCAAAACAGUUGGACGAUUUAUCGUGCAUAGUAUACUCGUCUGGUACUACGGGGAAACCAAAAGGUGUAUUGUGCCCGCAUCGCGGAGCUGUAUAUUCAUUCACGUGGAGACACAAAGCAUACCCUUAUGAAAGCACCGACAGAGAAGCUUGCAAUGUAUUUUUUAUAUGGGAGAUGUUAAGACCUCUUUUAAAAGGAGUUCCAAUGUAUAUCAUUCCGGACGAUGUCGUUUAUGAUCCACCACUGUUGUUGCAGUUUCUUCGAACGAAUAAAAUUACAAGGAUGGUUUUCACGCCAUCUCUUCUUCAAACAGUUCUCGAUUACAAAAAUCUCAACGCAGCUAAAGGUCUAGAAACACUAAAACAAAUAUGGUUGUGCGGAGAAGUGAUGACUAUGUCAUUAAGGGAUAGAAUGGAGCUAAUUGCACCGUGGGUUAAAAUGUUUAACUUAUACAGUGUGUCUGAAUGCCAUGACGUCGCGUGUGCUGAUGUUUCCAAGCGCAGUGAAAUCGAAAACGGUACAUUUGCCCCGGUCGGUCCACCAUUGCCGGGAGUACAUUUUUUCAUUAUGGACAAGGAAUUUAAAAUACAGAACAUCGGCAUGCCGGGAGAAAUACACGUCGGAGGGCCAACUCUUUCCAUAGGAUACCUGAACCGACCAGAAUUGAACGCACAAAGAUUCAUAACACGGCCAAAGACAAUACCAUUGGAAAUCGGAGACCGCCUAUACAAAACAGGCGAUUGGGGUUAUCUGCGAUUCGACGGGAGUUUAGAGAUUUGUGGUCGAUGCGAUUCUAUGAUAAAAAUUAGAGGUUACAAUGUUGAAUUGCAGGCUAUCGAAGCGACCAUUUUAAACGAGCCCGAGGUGAAUGCCGUUUGUGUUUUAUCAGUCGGGGAAGAGUGUACCAGUAGCACGCAUUUAGUAGCCUACACAUCACUAAUGCAACAAUCGACAUUAACCGCAAUGGAAUUGAAGAAACGAUUGAAACUAAAAAUUCCAUUUUACAUGAUUCCGUCGUUUUAUUUAUUCCUCGAAAGAUUACCAGUCGUGGAAACUUCGGGAAAAUUAAACAAAUCAGCACUGCCUAAAGUAGAUUUGAACAAAACAAAUGACAUUUCUAUAGACAACUGGAAAACCGAAACUGAAAAGACCGUUGCCACUAUAUUUUGCAAAACAUUACAAAUGUACACCAUUGAUGUUCUGGAUAAUUUCUUCGAAAACGGAGGGCAUUCAUUAUUGGCUUCAGGUGUAAUUGGCGAGAUCAACGACAAGUUUAAAACUGAUUUCCGUGUUCACGAUUUGUUCCUCAAUCCCACGGUUGUGGCAAUGUCUUCUUUACUAGAUAAAAACAUAUCCACGAAUAAAGAAAUAAACUUGGAAGAGGAACUCGAAAAUCAAAUUGAUAACUCAAUUAUUAUUCCAAAUAAAAUGCUUCGCGCGUUUUGGAGGUCUGUGGACAUUAAUCGAAACAAGUUUCACAAUGGAAAUGUUUUACUGACUGGAUCGACAGGAUUUUUAGGAGCUUUUAUUCUUCACAGGCUAUUACAGACUAAAGCAAACGUUUUCUGUUUGGUAAGAGACUCGGUUAAAUACAGGCCGUUAGAAAAACUUGAACGAACGAUGAAAAAGUAUAAUUUAGACCUUGAACCAUUUCAUUCUAGAGUGACUGUCUUAAAAAGUGACAUUACCUUACAUAAAUUUGGAUUAGGCGAUGCCGAUUAUGAUGCCUUGUGUUACGAUAUCGACUAUGUUAUACAUGCUGCAGCACAAGUAAACAUAUCUUACCCGUAUGGAACAUUGUACAAAGAUAACGUUUUUGGAACUAAAAAUGUCAUCAAAUUUUGUUUGGAUGAAAAAUUAAAGCCUUUACACUUUAUAAGUUCGUCAUCUGUUUUUCCCCGCGGCUUAAGAAAUAUACAAGAAAAUGACGACAUAAAGAAAUGGGCGCCAUUGUUAAAAGAAGGCUACGGACAAACAAAAUGGAUGUCGGAAAAUUUGAUUUUGGACGUUGUUAAAAAAGGAUUUCCGGCUUCAAUAUUUAGAUGUGGAAACAUAAGUGGAAGUAGAUACGUGCAAAGCUGUUGGAACACGGCAGAUCUUACUUUACUUCUCAUACAAGGCGUUCUGUACACCAACACAUGUCCUGAUGUCGAUUGGCAGAUUGAAUUGACACCUGUGGAUUUUGUAGCAAAUACCGUUGUGGAAUUGGCCCAGACGUUAGAUAAAUCUUCAGGGAAAAUCUAUCAUCUGGUCAAUGAUCCUUAUGAUUCAGAAAACUUAUGGCAAACUAUGAAAGAAUUUGGCUACGAUUUAAAGAAAGUGCCCUACGAAGAAUGGUCAGAAACAGUGGUUAACGAAUCGAUGCCCGAGUUGGCCAGUCUUACUUAUUUGCUGAAUUCUACGCUUAAACAAAAAUGUUACUUAGAAAAUCAAUCUACCGUAAAAAGGACAAAUUUGGAUGCAUAUUUAUCUUCAGUUAACACGGUGUAUCCUAAGUUAGACAAUCUGGAAUGUCUGAGAAUACUAAAAACUCUAAACGCGUUAAAACUAAUACCACAACCCGAUGUUAAAGACGUACCAAGUGUACCACAGAUGCUACAACAGUUACCGUUAAAAUCAAAAGUAGUAUUGAUUACUGGAGCUACUUCAGGAAUUGGUUAUGAAAUAGCCAAGAAGCUUGCAUUGGCUGGAGCUAUGGUAGUUCCUACUGGUCGAAGAAUGGACAGAUUAAUAAAAUUGCAGAACGAAUUAAUUGCAUUAGGCAUUACCAAUGUUGUACCAUAUAAAAUGGACGUUACCGAUCAAUUGGAUGUUCAAACAGUGACUGAGAAUAUUGAUAAAACUGUUGGUCCAAUUGAUAUCUUGGUCAAUAACGCCGGGGUUUUGUUUUAUACUUCUUUUGAUAAGGUCAAGUUAAAAGAAUGGGAGGAAAUGGUUCAGGUUAACUGUAAUGGUAUGCUUAAUUGCCUCGGGGCUGUACUUCCUUUUAUGACAUCAAGAAAGUCAGGUCAUAUAAUUAAUAUUACAUCAGAUGCUGGUCGAAGAUCUUUUGCAGGCCUUGGGGUGUACUCGGGUACAAAGUUUUUUAUGGAAGGUGUGUCUGGUGCGUUGAGAACUGAAAUGACUGACUAUAAUGUAAAAGUAACGUGUGUUCAGCCUGGCGAUGUCACAACUGAAUUAUUUAACAGGACAAGCGAUUUCGAAGCGAAAGAACGUUACGACAUCAGUUCCAAGUGUGGAAUCCAAAUCCUGAACCCUUCAAAUGUCGCAGAAGCAGUUUUAUUUGCAUUAACACAACCCUCAUUUUGUGCUGUCAAUGAAAUUCUCAUCCAACCGACAAUGCUUCCGCUUUGAUUUGUAUUAUCAUCGAAUGAUGUGUUAUAUUAAUUGGUUUGUAUUAAUUAUCAUUUAUAUGUUGUUUUUGUUUUGUUUUAUUGACACAACUCAAAUUGCAAAUCAACUACUAAAAGUAUACUAAUUUUCUAAAAUUCUAUUCUAUUCUAAGCCACCGUACUGGCUUUUUUUUCUUUAAUAGAUAUAACGAUAAACAGUAUGAGGUAAACAGCAAGCUAACAAAAUGGAACUUUUUAAUCGACUUUUAUUAAUUAUUACUUUUUGCUAUGUAAAAUACCAUGACAUUUUGGACAUAAAAAAUACCUAGAAACCUUCAAAUUUGGUCUCAGAAAAUGACUUCAAGCACAGUUUACAUUUAUAAGGUUUUUCCACCAGUGUGCGCGCGUUUGUGUACUUUGAGGUAGGAUUUACACGAAGAGGACUUUGAGCAUACUAUACAUUUAUAAGGCCUUUUGCCAGUGUGCCCAAGUUUGUGGUGUUCAAAGUGGUCUUUUUGAGAAAAUGUCACAGUCGUCACCCUCAAUAUUUUGUUAAGAAUGUAUUCCUGUAUACUGUACCUAUGAAGUAUAAUAUUAUAUUUGUAUGUAUUUGAUAUUAUAUAUUCUUAAUAUAUCGUUGUACUCGCUUAUGAUCAA